CCCUGACCCCCGUCCCAGUCUCAGUGACUCCCCGACCUUGACCCCGGUCCCAGCCACGCCCCCGACUCCGGCCACGCCCGCGCUCACACUCUGCUCCGGGCCGCGUUUCCGGACGCUUCCUGCUCCGGCCAUGGCGCUGCUGGGUCGGGUGUCCUUCGCUCGAGGUCGCGGUCCGCGGCGGCCUUCAUCCUGUAGGGCUCAGACUGCAGGAUGCUCAGAAUUGCACUCUGGGGCAUGGAGCAGGGCUGCUCUCCCAGGGGCUGUGACAGAAGGCGGGAAGGAGGGUACGGUCUACAGGAUGCAGUUUUUCAGUUAUGGAACGGACAUAUUAUAUCAAAGCAGCGACGCUUUUCAGUCUAAAUUCUUCCCACCCCUCCAAAAAGCGAUGCUGCCACCUGACAGCUUUCGGGGGAAGGUGGCCUUCAUCACCGGGGGAGGCACCGGCCUUGGCCGCGGGAUGACCACGCUCCUGUCCAGCCUUGGGGCUCGCUGUGUGAUCGCCAGCAGGAAGACGGAUGUUUUGAGAGCCACCGCAGAGGCUAUUUCUUCCCAGACUGGAAAUGAGGUGCGGGCGGUGCAGUGUGAUGUGCGGGACCCUGACAUGGUCCGCAGUGCGGUGUCGGAGCUGAUCAGCGUGGCGGGCCUUCCUGACGUCGUGAUAAACAACGCGGCCGGCAACUUCAUCUCUCCCACAGAGAGGCUGUCCCCCAACGCCUGGCGGACCAUCACCGACAUCGUCCUGAACGGCACGGCCUUCGUGACCCUGGAAGUGGGGAAGCAGCUCAUUAAGGCGCAGCGAGGGGCGGCGUUCCUCGCCAUCACCACCAUCUACGCCGAGAGCGGCUCCGGCUUCGUGGUGCCCAGCGCGUCCGCCAAGGCCGGCGUGGAGGCGCUCAACAAGUCGCUCGCAGCUGAGUGGGGCAGAUAUGGGAUGCGAUUCAACGUGAUCCAGCCGGGGCCCAUCAAGACCAAGGGUGCCUUCAGCCGCCUGGACCCGACCGGAGUGUUUGAGAAAGAGAUGGUGGACAGGAUCCCCUGCGGCCGGCUGGGGACCGUGGAGGAGCUGGCCAACCUCGCCGCCUUCCUGUGCAGCGACUACGCUUCCUGGAUCAACGGGGCCGUCAUUAGAUUUGAUGGUGGAGAGGAAGUAUUUAUUUCAGGAGAAUUCAACAGCCUGAAGAAGGUCACCAAGGAGCAGUGGGACACCAUGGAAGAGAUGAUCAGGAAGACAAAAGGCUCCUAAGACACCCUGGCCUUCGUCUGGGUUACCGUGGAAACGACACAAACUGCCUAUAAUCUUUUGAAUAUUUUCAAGUCUAAUAAACUUUUGAUUAACAAACA